AUGAGCCAGGCUGUCUUGCCAGCUAGUAAUAAUAACAACGGUAAUACCAAUGGUGCCAAUGACCAGUGGAUGAAAUACUACAGUCAGUGGUAUGCCAACAACCAGCGGUUGCAACAGGAGCAGCAGCAGCAGCCGGCAGUUGCUAGUUCGGAGAUCGGUCAGUCGCUUGAAGUUACCGGACCUGAAAUACAGCAAACAAGUCAGGAAUCAACUGCUGGCAGUCAUCAGCAGCAGCGGCAUGAACAGCAUCAACAACAACAACCACAGGUACUGUGUAUUACCUUGCUGCUUCGCUUUGUUUAA